AUGGCUUCAGCUCAACCAGCCCACGAUCCCGCGCUCACUAACGCUCCCUCCGCCACCCCCGCCACAGCGACAGCCCCGGGUGCGCCCCCAGCUCCAGCGGCCAAUAUUCCCGCAAGCAUUAUUGGGACCAUGAACAGCGAGCAAAUCGCUACGCUCCUCAAGCACAUCCCGGACAUCUUCAGGGGAGGCGAUCUGAAGGACUCUGCCGCUGCGGAGGCUCUUUCGCACCUAUCGCAGGGCGCAUUCUUGCCCCAAGCCGGCCAGCUCCCGCCGCACGUCCUCGGGCAGCAACCAAUCCCCGCGGGCGCCCUCCCCAGUGAGCCCGGGCCCUCGUCGCACCCGCGCGGCCCACCCAACCUCGGGCAGCUUUCCGCACUCGCGUCCGUGCUGCAGGCGACGGCGCACGCGGCGCCACAGCCAAUGGGCAACGACCCCAACGACGCCGGCCAGCAGAGCGACGGCGAUGACUCUUCGCCGGAUGGCGACAAGGGAAGCCCCACGAAGUCUUCGGGCCGGCGCGGCGGCCGGAGUGCGACGAUGACCAACGAUGAGUGGGCGCGGAUCCGGAAAGACAACCACAAAGAAGUGGAGCGCCGGCGGCGCGGGAACAUCAACGAAGGCAUCAAUGAGCUCGGGCGCAUCGUACCCAACGGCUCGGGCGAGAAGGCCAAGGGCGCGAUCCUAUCGCGCGCGGUGCAGUACAUCCACCACCUGAAGGAGAACGAGGCGCGGAAUAUCGAGAAGUGGACGCUCGAGAAGCUGCUCAUGGACCAAGCGAUGGGCGACCUCCAGACACAACUCGAGGAGAUGCGACGUAUGUGGGAGGAAGAGCGCAACCUCCGUACCCGGCUCGAAGCCGAGCUUGAGCUUCUCCGCAGCCACAAGGCAGGCCCUGGCGCCGCCGCGACAUCAUCCACCGAGCCCGGUCCCGUGGCAGCUGCGACCGCGCCGAACUCAAAGGACAAUAGCAAGCGGGAGCGCGAAGAAAACGAAGAAGGGGGCGAUGACGCGGACGCGGCGGCGGUCGAGGGCGAGCUCGAGCGCAAGAAGCGGCCGCGGAAGGAUUAG